CAACACAAACACACACUGAACCUCGGCAUGCUGUCGAACGAGAGCUGUGAGAACAGCACCCAUAUCCACACGGACGGGAACCCGGUGGUGAGCACAGUGAUGUUCAUCCUGGGGGUGAUGGGGAACUUCAUCGCCCUGGCCAUCCUAGGGGUCCACCAGAAGGAGCGACGCACCAAGUCCUCUGUCUUCUGCAUCCUGGUGACGGGACUGGCCCUGACUGACCUGCUGGGAACCUGCUUCCUCAGCCCCCUGGUGUUUGUGUGCUAUGCUCGCCAGCGAUCCCUGCUGGGGCUCACUGGGGACCAGGGACUCUGUGGCCUCUUUGCCUUUGCCAUGACCUUCUUUGGCCUGGCCUCCAUGCUCAUCCUCUGUGCCAUGGCCGUGGAGCGCUGCCUGGCCAUCAGCCACCCCUAUUUUUACUCCAAGUGCGUCCGACGCAGCUUCGCCAAGGUGGCCCUCCUGCUUAUCUACAUCUUCACCUGCGCCUUCUGUGUUUUGCCAUUCUUCGGCUUUGGCCGCCACAAGCAGUACUGCCCGGGCACAUGGUGCUUCAUCAAGAUGGAGGCGGCAGGCGAGGGGGUGGACGAAGAGAGGAAGGUUCUGGCGUUCUCUCUGUCCUACGCCUCGCUCAUGGCGCUGCUGAUCGUGGCAGUGUUUGUGUGCAACGGCUCUGUGAUUGUCAGCCUGUGCCGGAUGCACCGCAGCCAGAUGACACGGCGUGGUUCGGUGGUGAACGGAGGGAGGAAGAGGAAGAUGAGUCUGGGCUGGUUCGGACAGGGGGAGGAGGAGAUGGACCACUUGAUGCUGCUGGCCUCCAUGACGGUCAUUUUCGUUGUCUGCUCCUUGCCGCUCACUAUUGCCGGUUUUGCCAAUGCCAUCGAGCCGGUGGGUGACGACCAGGAGAACCUGCUGGCGUUCCGUUUCCAGGCCCUCAACCCCAUCGUGGACCCCUGGGUCUUCAUCAUCUUCCGCAAGUCUGUGUUCCGCCACCUCCGCUCGCUGCUGCGCUGCCGCUUCACGGGGGGAGCGGUGAAGAACACGGCCCACUGCACCUUCUCCUUAACCCCUGACGACCACAGGGAGUCUCCCAAACCCUUGCCCUCUGUUUCCUUGCAGCCCAAGCUAUACUCCAGCCUCUUAUGUGGAGGUGGGACUCGGGGCAGGAAAGAGAAUGGGAUUUAGGGAUGGAUGGAUGUGGGAGAGCAGACAUUUGGGGGAAGGGGUUCGGGAUUUAGGGUUUGGAGAAUUAACUUUUUUGACCACUAGUACCUUAUCCACUGUUGACUAGGAUACAUAUAGUAUACCCGAUGCACGAGUAUACCCGAUGCACGAGUAUACCCGAUAAACGAGUAUACCCGAUGCAUGAGUAUACCCGAUGCAUGAGCUACAUGUUUCAUACAUGUGAGUGCCAUAUAAAAAGACUGCAAAGUGAGCGAUUACGCCUCCAAACACACUGAAAACAAAAAAAACUCCAAGCAACUGAAAUGGAUGUAUGCAGGAGACCA